AGAGAGAGAGAGAGAGAGAGAGAGAGAGAGCAGUGCCUGAAUAGACAGAGCUGCGCGGCAGCCAUCUUACAGCUUUCACCGUCCACCGAUCUACAUCUCCUGGAUAUUUCUUUAACAACGGCGAGGUGUACGAGGAGGAAGAGGAGGAAGCGCCUGUUUUUAAGCUUCUUUUUGGUCAUUUGAAGCAAAACUACGGGAUGAGGAACAGCAGGUACAAGCCUCUGUGCGCGGCGCACGGACUCCUGCUGCUGCUGCUGCUGCUCGGGCUGUUAUGCGCGGCGCAGGCAGCCAAAGUCAACAAACAUAAGCCAUGGAUUGAGACGACGUAUCACGGCAUCGUGACCGAAAACGACGACAAAGUUCUGCUGGAUCCUCCACUGAUAGCUCUGGAUAAAGACGCCCCAUUGCGUUAUGCAGGGGAGAUUUGCGGCUUCCGUAUACAUGGCCAGAACGUUCCGUUCGAGGCGGUGAUGUUGGACAAGUCCACAGGCGAAGGAGUGAUCCGAGCCAAGGACAAGCUGGACUGUGAACUUCAGAAAGAGCACACGUUCACCAUCCAGGCCUAUGACUGCGGAGAGGGACCCGAUGGAGCCAACAUGAAGAAAUCUCACAAGGCAACUGUCCAUAUCCAAGUGAACGACAUGAAUGAGUACUCACCCGUGUUCAAGGAGAAGUCAUAUAAGGCUACGGUCAUCGAGGGCAAAGCAUACGACAGCAUCCUGAAGGUUGAGGCAGUGGAUGCUGACUGCUCCUUCCAGUUCAGUCAGAUUUGCAGCUAUGAGAUCGUCACCCCUGAUAUACCCUUUACUAUUGACAAGGACGGCAACAUCAAGAACACUGAAAAGCUGAACUACAGUAAGGAGCGUGCCUACAAGUUGACUGUGACCGCCUUCGACUGCGGGAAGAACCGUGCAUCAGAGGACGUCCUCGUCAAAAUCAACGUCAAACCAACCUGCAAACCAAGCUGGCAAGGCUUUAAUAAGAGAAUUGAGUAUGAGCCUGGCACAGGAAGUGUGGCCCUGUUCCCCAGCAUUCGUUUGGAAACCUGCGAGGAGCCAAUCACCUCCAUCCAGGCCAGCAUUGAGCUGGAGACCAACCACAUCGGCAAAGGCUGCGACCGAGACACAUACUCUGAGAAAUCCCUGCACCGCCUGUGUGGUGCCAGUUCCGGCACUGUGGAGCUGCUGCCGUCUCCCACCAGCGCCGCCAACUGGACCGCAGGCCUGCCCACUGACAACGGCCAUGACAGCGACCAGGUCUUUGAAUUCAAUGGCACUCAGGCAGUGAAGGUUCCUGACGGUGUGGUGAGCACAAGUCUGAAGGACCCUUUCACCAUCUCAGUGUGGAUGAGACACGGACCCGGUGGCCGGGAGAAAGAAACCAUCUUGUGCAACUCUGAUAAGACGGAAAUGAACAGACAUCACUACUCUCUGUAUGUGCACAACUGCCGUCUGGUGCUGCUCCUGCGUCAGGACCCGAGCGGAGCAGAGAACUACAAACCAGCAGAGUUCCACUGGAAACUCGAUCAAGUCUGUGAUAAAGAAUGGCAUCACUAUGUGCUGAACAUCGAGUUCCCUGCAGUGACUCUGUUUGUGGAUGGAGCGUCCUUCGAGCCCUUCCUGGUCACAGAGGAUUACCCUCUCCACGCCUCCAAGAUUGAAACUCAGCUCACUAUUGGCGCCUGCUGGCAAGACCUCUCAGGACAUGACAAUGACACAGAGACAGGCUCAGAGCCUUUGACAGGUGGCAGUGCACACAUGAGCCAGUACUUCCGGGGUAAUUUGGCCGGCCUCAUGAUCCGCUCUGGGAAGCUGGAGAAUAAGAAGGUGAUCGACUGCCUGUACACGUGUAAAGAAGGUCUGGAUGUGCAGCUCCCAGAGGAGGUAGCUUCUGCGGUGAAGGUGGACUUUAACCCCAAUCAGUCUUCUCUCACUCUGGAGGGAGAUGAUAUUGAAAGCUUUGAGAAGGUCAUGCAGCACAUCUCCUACCUGAACUCCAGGCAGUUCCCCACACCAGGAAUACGCCACCUGCGUGUCACCACCACCGUCAAGUGCUUUAACGAGGAGACGUGCAUCUCCGUGCCUGACGCAGAGGGCUAUGUGAUGGUCCUUCAGCCAGAGGAACCAAAGAUCAGCCUGAGCGGAAUCGACCACUUUGCACGCGGAGCUGCUGAGUUCGAGAGCACAGAGGGUGUGACGCUGUUCCCCGAACUUCGUGUUGUCAGCACCAUCACACGUGAGGUGGAAGCUGAGGUUGAGGGAGAAGAUGAGCCUACGGUACAAGAGUCAGUGGUUUCUGAGGAGAUCAUGCACAACCUGGACACGUGUGAAGUGAGCGUAGUUGGAGAAGAUCUGGAUGGAAAUCAUGAGAGUCUGGAGGUGGAUUUGGCGCAGGUUCAGCAGCGAGGCCUGGAGAUUAGCUCCUCCAACAUGGGCAUGGUCAUCACUGGUGUAAACACCAUGGCCAACUACGAGCAGGUCCUACACCUUAUCCGUUACAGGAACUGGCACCCUGAGGCUCUGUUUGAUAGGAAGUUCAAGCUGGUCUGCUCAGAGCUCAAUGGCCGGUACAUCAGCAAUGAAUUCAAGGUCGAGGUCAAUGUGAUUCACACAGCUAACCCAGUUGAGCAUGCUAAUAAUGCCAUGUAUCAGCCUCAGUUCAUCAACCAAGUCAAACACGCCUCAGUGGACCUGUCUGGACACAACCUGGCCAACACACAUCAAGCUUCAGUUGUCCCCAGUGCUGCCACAAUCGUCAUCGUGGUGUGUGUAAGCUUCCUGGUGUUUAUGAUUAUUCUGGGAGUGUUCAGGAUCCGUGCCGCUCACCAGCGCACCAUGAGAGACCAGGAGAACGGCAAAGAGAACGAGAUGGACUGGGAUGACUCUGCCCUCACCAUCACAGUCAAUCCUAUGGAGACUUACGAGGAUCAGCACAGCAGCGAAGAGGAGGAGGAUGAGGAAGAAGAGAGCGAGGAUGGCGAGGAGGAAGACGACAUCACCAGCGCAGAGUCGGAGAGCAGCGAGGACGAGGAAGGAGCGGAGCCAGAGGACCAGCAGGGCACCAGCCGACAGCAGCAGCUGGAGUGGGAUGACUCCACCCUGACCUACUAACGCUGCCGAGCACACACACCGCUCAGAUAACAUACACACAUACAUAAACACACACACACACACUCCACCUACAAACCCACUCACUCACUGUCUCACCUCUCCACCAGUGGGGAGUCAUAAUUUUCCUUGCCAGAUUCCCCACCUACAGAGCCAUGAAUAAAAAAAAAAAACAGAAAGGUCCUUGAAGCAAAAUCCACAUAUGUAUAUAUACACACACCUAUAAAUACAUAUUUAUCUAGUGUCUGUGGUGACGGAUGUUGCGGAAUCAGCUUAAUUUCCACUGGCCAAGGCUUCCCUGGUGUCAGAUUAGUGGUGAUGUUCAGUGUAGUAAAAUGAUCACAUAAUAGCUGAAUGCUAGUUACGUUUUUAAUUUAUUUCUUUAAUUCUCUCUAUUUUUUUAUUUCUGGGAUACCUGGCCUAGAUUUGAGUUUUCCUCUUAGCUCUGUAACAAUAUAGCCUUGCACCAUUUCCCUUGUUUUACAUGUUACGUCAUUUAAAACCGAGAAUGGCUUUAUGGUUAUUGCACAAAAACUUUGGAAUUAGUUUGCUCCUGAAUUGUAAAAGAGAAGUUUUGCCUCUUUGCUUUCGAUAAUGCUUCUUGCUCUUCUUGGUCCAUGUUUGUUUCUCUUCUUUAUAGUGCAUGAAAAUUUAAGUCAUGCGUGUAGAAGAAUCUUGCUUUUUGAUAUUUUGUAAAUAUGACGAAAACCAUGGUGUCCAGUAUGUAAAGCGUCGCAGUACCUGCUGUAGAGUACGUAUUUUGUGUUGCAGAGGCUCUGGCAUGUAUCAGAAACUUUUGGCAAAGCUCUUCCAUCGUGCUUGUGCGCUGUAGAGAGAGAAACCCAUGACAGAGGCUGAGGUUUCUGUAUUGCUUAUUUUGUCUUUAUUUCUUAUAUUGGAGGUGGGAAGUGUGUUCCUUUUUUUUUUUUUUAUUAUUAGUCUUUUUUUUAUUUAAUAGUGUGGACGGGUGUGAAAUUGGCUAAUCUCGGCUUGCACAGGUGCAAAUGCUAACAAACUUGAGGCAUUGUUUUUUGUUUUUUUUUUCAUUUCUGUGAAGUCCUCUAUUGGACAGAGGUUUAUACUUCGGACCCCUGUGAAUGAUCAUUUUCAGGUGAUAAUUAUACGUUUGUUUCAAUGGUACUGUAUGUUGUACAGUUUAGACACUCUACAUUUAAGCCAUCUUGGAGUAGUAGUGGUACUUUAUUCCUGUAACAUUGUCUACUCUGUCAUAACCGCUUCUGAUCAAGCCAGUCUGAUGUAACUCGGAUAAACGGAGGCUCUGGAGUUAGGUGAUGGUUUGAGCGUAAUGACGUCCGUGCAGUGCUCUGAUAGGAUGAAAAUACUCAGAUGCUCCUAUAAUUGCUGAAAUGUUUUAUUUGGGAUAUUUAUGCUUUGCUAUAUGAUUCUGCUCGGCUUAGCGUGGUUCACUUGCUGCUCGGUCAUUCCAGUCUCCGAAAAUAUUUUAUUGAAAUAUCCGUUUACACGAAUGCUUGAGGAAUUACGUUUUGAGGUAAUCAUUGAUGCUUAAAAAAAAAAAAAAAAAAACUAACUAAAAAAAAAAAACAGUACACCGUUAAGAAUUCUUGUACAUGGAGGUGUGUUCUGGUAAACUCUAUACUCCAAACAAUGCUUUUUAGACCUCUACAGGCUCGUCUGCAGGUCAUUCGUCCCUUUUAUUUCUCUUUUGGCAGUCGGUCUGUUGCCUUCCUGCAUCUGUGCAAAGGUCAGUGGAUCUCAAAGCUAAAAAGUUUUGCAAAGGAAUGUUAAAUAUUUGAGCUAAGGAGAACGUUAAUGGGUAGAGAGAAAGGAUUUGGGUGAAGUGUUACUUUUUUUUUAGAUUAUAGUUUUUUCGAUUGCUUGCAUGGACGAUUUUUUUUUUCUUUUUAUUUACUGCAAAAAUCCAAAAGUUUUCUUAUGCUUCUGUUGAUACUACUGCCGUCAAGAUGAGUCCAGUUUAGUUUCUGUUUUUGUGACUGGCCGGUAUGGACAGGUAGAGAGCGCUCAGAGUGCUUCGGAGUGUCUGAUAAUCUCCCAUUUAAUUGGAAAUCUUUGUCUUUCGCAUCACAAUCUGGUAACUGGUUCCUGAGCUGCAGUCCACGAUUUAUUUAGUGGAGUCGGGAGUGCCUUUCGCCCUUCACUGCACAUGAACAUCACUAACACGACCCUCGUCCACACCAUGCUAACUGGUGGCCAUGUUCAUCUUUUGUAAUUAUAUUAGGAUUGUACAGCUAUAGCAAAGUGAUUUUUGUUGUAAUUGGGGUCAACAGCUAGUUUUUAUCAGCUAUGAUUGUUUUAAUUGUCCUGCAUAUAGAUGUCCUGUGUUCAUGUUGAUGUGUAGCCAACAUAGGUCCAUACUGUAUCAUGAAUAAAUAUUGUACUAAAUCAUGUUUGAGGAAAUCCACCUCUAAAGAGAUGUAUAUAAUUGAAAUUCUUUAGGCAGUUUAUGUGCGUAUGAAAUUAACAACGUAUGAAUAGUGAAAGCUCAUUUUGAAGUUUUGCCUGAUUUCCUACCCAAGACAAAGGGCAGCAUGAAAAUCACAAGAACCAGUCCAAUAUCCUUUUAACCUCUGUAACAGAUUUCUUGCACAAAUUGUGUCACGAUCUGCCAGAAUUGUUUUUUUUUUUUCUUUCAUAUGCCAUUUUAUAUUUAAUACAACUUCUUAUCUCUGUUUAUUUGUUUAAUCACUGGAUGAAAGCAGACCAUUCCAUGUUUGAAUGAAGGGAAAUGACUGUAAGGGGCAGUCGUUCCAGCAGAACGUUUAAUCUACAAGUCGGACAGGACGAUUUGAUUUUUCUGAGCAGGUUUGUCAUUUUCUGCCCAUGAAUAAAUGUACAUUUACGUCCACGUCAAGCCUAUAAGACAGAAAUAGGAGCUUGAGUGUAGGAGUGUUGAUCUCAUGGUUUUUGGAGUGUCAGAAAGUAAUAUGAAAACUAUAGGCCUACUACUGAAUCACACCUUUCAAAUGGUAUUGUCCACUAUUAGAUUUCUUUUUUUUUCCUCUUUUAAACAGAAGGUGACAAAAGUUGAGAAUUGCUGAAUGCUGCCUUCAUGCUCAUUCACUUUUCUACAUUCAGUGGCAAAUUUUGGUGAAGUUGGUGCUUGCUCAUGAACAAAAUAAAGGAUGAUUUGAUGGAAUUAA